AUGCAAAGCUCCAGUGAGUUAUGCACCGAGCCUUUCAAACUUGGCCAGCGAGUCCACUCAGCCACCGAUUCACGCCGAAUUGGUACCGUUAAGUACAUAGGACCCGUGGAUGGCUAUGCGGGCACAUGGGUCGGUGUCGAUUGGGACAAUGGAGAAGCCAAACAUGACGGAUCGUUGAAUGCAGUUCGUUACUUCCAAGCAAGAUCCCAACUUUCUGGAUCAUUCGUUCGGGCCCAGAAUUUGAGUCCAGGCAUUUCGCUUGUAGAAGCUCUCUAUAUAAGAUACAGAGACCAAUCCACCAAAGAAGAAGAGGAUGAAAUGUAUGUGCUUUCAGCUAGUAACAAAAAGGUAUCUGUACAACUUGUGGGUCAAGAGAAGAUUCAAGAUAAGCUAAGCAGACUUGAAGGGUUGACCGGUGCUUCACUUUCUUAUUUGGGUGUUAGCAAUCCUGGAUCCCCUAAUGAAAUUAACAAUAUAGUGCCAAGAAGCAAAACAAGCCACAAUCAAACUGAUAGACUACAUAAAGAGACAAAACUAGGAGACAAAACUAAGCAAUCUAAGAGGAUAAACCUACAAAAGUGUGAAGAGACAAAGCUUUGCAAAAGCAGGAGAGCGCAGGCAACAACAGAAAGAACACCACCUUUGACUGGAAGGGAAGCUACAACAACACCACAAGGAUGGCAGAAGACUAGAAGAGAAACCAUUUCUAGCGAUGUUGGCACUAUAUGUGAACAAUUACCUUCUCUUGCAGCACUCAAUUUGUCUAACAACUUAAUGGCCCAUGAGAUUGUUGAGCUACGAAUUGAAGUGCUUAAAGAUUUAUUGCCAAUAAUUGAGGAGCUACAUCUGAUGGGAAAUGGCAUAAAUACAAUAAAGGACGUUAGGCUUUCUGAAAAUCCAAUAGCUGAUCCUGGAAGAGGUGGUUUCCCGAGAUUUAUUUUGAUUGCACGAUUAGCAAAAGUUGAAAUCUUGAACGGAAGUGAGGUAAACUCCAGAGUACUAUGUAACCAUUUUUUUUCUUCUUCUUUUGGUCUUGGUGAGGUUGUUGUGGGUCUGACAUACUAUCAUCAACUACACCUCUCAGAUAUGUCCGCUUAG